GCUCGUUAGCAGUCCCGGCGAGGGGAGCGGCAGAAUUACUCAUGCGCUAAUUGCCCGUCAUUAAGUUAAGGAAACGGAGGGGAGCUCAGACUCCAGAGGCAGGAGGUGUCUGGGGCCGGCUCCGCCGCGCACGCCGAGCUCGUUCAGCCCGGCCAGGGUUAAGUCUUCCGCUCGCUGCUGCCCGGCUGGCGGCCAGCUGCCUUCAGCGAGAGGCCAGAGUCCCUGCCAGGCACCCGGGAGGUUACGCCGCGGGCCGGGCUGGACCGCAUCGGACCCCCUCCCCCAUCACCGCCUGGAGGAGGAGCAGAGAGUGGGGGGUGCGCGGUAGGCCCCCGCCCCCCAGCCCGGCGUCCGGGUGGGCAGAGAGCGAGAGGGGCUGCAGGACACCGAGAUGGCCGAUGAGAUUGACUGGCUGGACUUGCCCGGCCGGUGGACCUAUGGAGUUGACCGCGGGGGGAGAGUCUUCUUCAUCAAUGAUGAAGAAAAGUCAACCAGCUGGGUGCACCCCGGUACGGGAUCACCCAUCCAGAGUGGACACUCCUCCAGCCCAGGUUUGCCCAAGGGCUGGGAGAUGGAUUCCACCCAGGAAGGAGCUGUGUAUUUCAUCAACCAUAAUGAAAGACGGAACACAUUUCUACACCCACUGACCGGCCAGGUCCCAGAGGAAAACAAAAAGUUUGACUUGAAAAUAUCGACCUUGGACAUGUCCAAUAAAGCAGGUGGGAAACGCCCAACUACCGCCAACAGUGACCUAUCCAACCACAACAUGGUGUCCGAGGUCCCUCCAGAGCGGCCCAGUGUCCGGGCCACCCGGACGUCCCGCAAGGCCAUCGCUUUCGGCAAGCGCUCGCACUCCAUGAAGCGGAACCCCAGUGCUCCAGUCGCCAAGGCAGGCUGGCUUUUCAAGCAGGCCAGCUCCGGGGUUAAGCAGUGGAAUAAGCGCUGGUUCGUCCUGGUGGAUCGCUGCCUCUUCUACUAUAAAGAUGAGAAGGAGGAGAGCGUCCUGGGCAGCGUCCCCCUCCUGAGCUUCCGGGUGGCUGCGGUGCAGCCCUCAGAUAACAUCAGCCGAAAACAUACCUUUAAGGUGACUGUGUGCUGGGUGGACGAGGCUGGGGACAGUUCCACGCACUGCCUCUCCCCACAGGCUGAGCACGCCGGGGUCCGCACCUACUUCUUCAGUGCCGAGAGCCCCGAGGAACAGGAGGCCUGGAUCCAGGCCAUGGGGGACGCUGCCCGAGUACAGAUCCCCCCAGCCCAGAAGUCAGUGUCCCAAGCUGCACGUCACAAUUUCCCCCCACCUGAACUCCAUGCUGGGCUGGAGUCCCUUACAACAUCUCCCUUGGCAUCCCACAGCCACGAGAAGCCAGACUCUGAGAACAUCCCACCCAGCAAACACCACCACCAACCCCCGCAAAACAGCCUUCCCAAGCCUGAACCAGAGGCCAAGACUCGAGGAGAGGGUGAUGGCCGAGGCUGCGAGAAGGUGGAGAGGAGGCCUGAGAGGCCUGAAGUCAAGAGCGAGCCUCUGGCGAAAGCCAAUGGUGUCCACGCUGGACCAGAACCAGCCUCAGACCCGGGCAGCCCUUACCCUGAGGGCCCAAGGGUCCCAGGAGGUGGGGAGCGGCCCACCCAGCCCAAUGGCUGGCAGUAUAGCUCCCCAAGCCGGCCGGAGAGCACAGCUUUCCCACCUCAGGACUCAGAGAGUGGGGGGCACCGGCGGAGCUUCCCCCCACGUGCCAACCCCGACAAAAUCGCCCAGCGCAAGAGCUCCAUGAACCAGCUUCAGCAGUGGGUGAACCUGCGCCGAGGGGUGCCCCCUCCUGAAGAUCUUCGGAGUCCCUCUAGGUUCUACCCUGUGUCCCGUAGGGUCCCGGAGUAUUACAGUCCCUACUCCUCCCAGUACCCUGAUGAUUACCAGUACUACCCGCCAGGGGUACGGCCAGAUAGCAUCUGCUCCAUGCCGGCCUACGAUCGGAUCAGCCCACCCUGGGCCCUGGAGGACAAGCGGCACUCCUUCCGGAAUGGAGGCGGCCCCGCCUUCCAGCUGCGUGAGUGGAAGGAGCCUGCCAGCUAUGGGCGGCAGGAUGGCACCACCUGGAUCCCCAGCCCCUCCCGGCAGCCUGUCUAUUAUGAUGAACUGGAUGCCGCCUCCGGCUCCCUGCGCCGCCUGUCCUUACAGCCCCGUUCCCACUCUGUGCCCCGCUCGCCAAGCCAGGGCUCCUACAGCCGCGCCCGCAUUUUCUCCCCCGUCCGCUCACCCAGUGCCCGUUUCGAGCGGCUGCCACCUCGCAGUGAGGACAUCUAUGUUGACCCUGCUGCCUAUGUGAUGAGGCGAUCCAUCAGCUCCCCCAAGUAUGAUUACCUGGGAGACAGGCGGCCAGUCCCUGCAGGACUGUUCCCCUACAACUACCCACCAUCCCCCACGGUCCACGAUAAGAUGGAUGAACUUUUAGACCUUCAAUUGCAAAGAAACCUAGAGUAUUUGGAUCAGCAGAUGAGUGAGAGUGAGACUCUCAUCAGUAUGGUGAACCGCAUGGUGGAGAACUCCUCCCCCAGGGCCCAACUCUUCAUGCAAGUCCCUCCAUACCCAGAAGUGUUCCGGGACAGCCUCCACACCUACAAGCUCAACGAGCAAGACACAGAUAAGCUGCUGGGCAAGUUGUGUGAGCAGAACAAGGCGGUGAGGGAGCAGGAACGGCUGGUGCAGCAGCUCCGAGCUGAGAAGGAGAGCCUGGAAAGUGCCUUGAUGGGGACCCAUCAGGAACUGGAGAUGUUUGGAAGCCAGCCUGCCUACCCAGAGAAGCUGCUACACAAGAAGGAGUCGCUGCAGAACCAGCUCAUCCACAUCCGGGUGGAGCUGUCUCAGGCAACCACGGCCCUGGCGAACAGCACCAUGGAGUACGAGGGCCUGGAGGCAGAGGUCUCUGCCCUGCACGACGAGCUCUGGGAGCAGCUCAGCUUGGAUCUUCAGAAUGAGGUGCUCAACCGACAAAUCCAGAAGGAGAUCUGGAGGAUCCAGGAUGUGAUGGAGGGGCUGAGGAAGAAUAACCCAUCCCGGGGCACAGACACAGCCAAGCACAGAGGAGGACUUGGACCCUCAGGCACCUACAGCUCCAACAGCCCCGCCAGCCCUCUCAGCUCCACCAGCCUCACCAGCCCCCUGAGCCCUUUUUCAUUGGUCUCUGGCUCUCAGGGGUCCCCCACUAAGCCAGGGUCCAAUGAGGAGCCUGGCCCCCCGAGGCCUCCCCUCCCCAAAGCCUACGUCCCCCUGGAGUCUCCUCCCACCGUGCCUCCACUCCCUAGUGAGAGCCGCCUCUGGCCAUACCCCACCUCCCCUUCCUGGCACCGCAGUGGCGAGACAGCCAGGGGUCAGCCCAAGGCAAGCUACGAGCAAAGCAAGAAAGACCCCCACCAGACAUCACCCCUGGACACCACUAGAGACAUCAGCCUUGUGCCCUCCAGGCAAGAGGUGGAAGCAGAGAAGCAGGCAGCUCUCAACAAAGUUGGCAUUGUGCCGCCUCGGACAAAGUCACCCACUGAUGAAGAAGUGACCCCAUCAAGGGUGGUGAGGAGGAGUGCCAGCGGGCUCACCAAUGGACUCUCCUCCCGGCAGGAGCGCCCCAAGAGUGCUGUGUUCGCUGGCGAGGGCAAGGUCAAGAUGAGCGUGGAGGAGCAGAUUGACCGCAUGCGGCGGCACCAGAGCGGCUCUAUGAAGGAUAAGCGGAGGAGCCUGCAGCUCCCGGCCAGCCCGGCCCCCGACCCCAGUGCCCGGCCUGCCUACAAAGUGGUGCGCCGUCACCGCAGCAUCCAUGAGGUGGACAUCUCCAACCUGGAGGCAGCUCUGCGGGCAGAGGAGCCUGGUGGGCAGGCCUACGAGACACCACGGGAGGAGAUUGCCCGGCUCCGCAAAAUGGAGCUGGACCCCCAGCACUAUGAUGUGGAUAUCAGUAAGGAGCUCUCCACCCCAGACAAAGUCCUCAUCCCUGAGCGGUACAUUGACCUGGAGCCUGACACUCCCCUGAGCCCAGAGGAGUUGCAAGAGAAGCAAAAGAAGGUGGAGAGGAUCAAGACGCUCAUUGCCAAGUCCAGUAUGCAGAACGUGGUGCCCAUCGGCGAGGGGGACCUUGUGGACGUGCCCCAGGACUCAGAGAGCCAGCUGCAGGAGCAGGAAAAGAGGAUUGAAAUCUCCUGUGCCCUGGCGACCGAGGCCUCCCGCAGGGGCCGCAUGCUGUCUGUGCAAUGUGCCACCCCAAGCCCUCCCACCUCCCCUGCCUCCCCGGCUCCACCAGCCAACCCCCUAUCGUCUGAAUCCCCACGGGGCACCGACAGCAGCCAUGCCAUGCGGGUCUGAGCUCUGACUGCAAGCCCUGGCCGAGGCCAAUGCCGUGAAGCUCCACAGAGCCACGUUCUGAAGCCCGUCUCUGCCCAGCCUGGCCCCCUGGCCCCCCCACCCCUGUGCUCCCAUGGGAAUGCCACAGAGAGCCAGGCUGGGGGCCGGGGUUCUGCCGAGAGGAGCACAGAUGCCUCAGUGUCCACAUACCCAUGGCGCCCGGCCCUGAAGUCCUUGCUGCUCAGACGGUGGUCCUAGGCCAGGGCGUGAGAUGGUGGGAUAGGAGCGCCAUCCUAUCUGAUGCCCACGGCACAGGGAGCCUAGGUGUGGCUCUGGCUGGGGUUGUGAUGGCCCUACUGGAACACUCCCUGAUGGAGAAGAUGCCCUGGUGGGGAAUGCGCCCUGGGCUAUCUUAGGUUAGGACUCCUCUCUUGACACUGAGAACAGCACCCCCCAUCACCCCCUUCCCCCCUCACCCCCACCGUCCUGCCCCAGCUGUGCCCAGGGUCUUGGCACAUCUCUGCUUCUGGAUGCUCCUUUGGGGUCCAGUGGAGACUGACCACCCUGCCUGAGCCAAAGACAAGAUGAUGAGAGAUGGGGAGAGGCUCCUCGGCCCCCAGAAGACAGUGCUGGCUGUGGAUAGAGGGCAGCAGGUCUGUGCAGUGUCUGAGGGCAGGUUGAGAAGGGUAGCAGAGAGAGAGGGAGAGGUCUCAGGAGAGUGGGAGGGGAGGGAAGCAGCAGGUCUCAUGAGCAAGUAGGAUGAGGAAGACGGAGAUGAGAAGGAGUAAGGGAUUGGUUUCCCCGGGGUGGAACCUUAGGUUAGUGUCAAGUAUAGUGCCAGAUGUUGGCUCUGCUUCUCCCACCUCGUCCCCAGGAUCAGCGGGGCUGCCAGACCGAGGACCUGCCAGGGAGCACGCUGCUGUGGGUAUGGAGGUGUGAGCUGAGGGGCCCGGCAGCAGCAGUCUGGGAGAUGGCUCUUUCUAGGUCUGGGCCUGGUUCUGGGGUCAGGAGCAGAGAGAAGGACCUGUCUUACGGAGGGUGUGGUCAGCCUUGGGGCCUUUCCUAAACAUUUCUGUGACAUUAUCUUGUCUCCCUUCCCCCUGAAAUGUGCUGUGGGCCAGCUGAGCGUGUGCCCUAGAAAGAGGGAAUGUGGCCUUAAUCUGGUAGGCCAGAUUCUGGGGCCCUACCCUGUACCCCAGGCAUUCCAGGCAUCCCAGAUGAGGACAAGUUGAGGCUGUAUGGAAGGUCUCCCUUCUAGCUUGGCUCACUCACAACCCACCUACCCGGGGAGCCAGUAGGGGAGAGACAGAAGCAAAGCCCAUUCUCCCUAUGCUCCACACACCUUCAGAUGAACGUAGCCAGAGAGGAUGGAGGAGAGAGAGUGAAGCUGAAAAACCUUGGCCCCUAGGCCUUCUCUUUGCCAGAGUUGCUGCCCAGAGACUUCAGUCUGACCUCCAGCAGCCCCAAGAAUGAUUACUUCAUCUUCUAACAAUUCCUCUCCACUCCUUCAUGGCUGGGACAGUUAUGGUUCAUAUGCAAGUAAAGUUGACAAUUCACUCAACAAAUAUUUAUUGAGCACCUUUUAUGUACCAGGCACUGUUCUAGGUGCUUAGGAUAUUCUCAUGCUUCUGAGGGUUUACAGACAGGAUUCCACUUACCUUCACUUCUAGCAGGUUUUUUGAACAUGACCCUUGGCUGCAGUUCCCAUCUUCAGCACAGCUCAAACACCCCAAACCUGUCCCUCCCCCCCCCCCACAGACUGGCAGGUGGGAUUGGCUCCCAGGUAACCGUCUCUCCCUUCUGCAUCUUCUCCCACACCUUAUCUAUCCAUAAGAAACAGAUUUUUCGGGGCCUUCCUUGCCUUCCCCUUUCUUUGUCUGCGUCUCCUUUUUUUUUAAGUGAUAUUUCUAGAAAUACAUGUAAAAUACCAAGGAUUCAUGUCUACCCCUCUGCCACCUCUCUCUCACCUCUUAUUUCAUAAAGCUGGCUCUUUAUGUUGCUUUACAUGCCUUAAUAUAUGUUUUAUGAAGAUUAUACAUAUUAUAGAUGUAUAUGUAAUAUAUAUAUAUAUAUAUAUUUGUUUGGAUGUCUGAUCCUUUACUAGAACUCCUGCCCAGGCCCAUUUUCUCUCCUUUACUUUCCACAUCAUUCCUAGCAUACUGCGGCCAUACCCCAUGCCUUUUGAUCCAAAGAAGGGGAGAGGAAAGACUUAUUUUAAGACAGAUCUAUUUUAUGCUUUUGUUAUAAAAGCAAAUCUAUUUUCAAAAUGUGCAAUGUCUGAAUGGAAUGGGCAAAUGAUAUGAGGAGACUGGGACGGCUGCCUCUAGGUCCAACCCUCCACCCUUCCCUCCUCCUCCUCGGCAGCUUCCUUCCUCCCAUUCCCCAGUCUGCAAAGGGCUGGUCCCCAGAGCUCACCCGGAGAGGAUCUUGCCAGGGCAGGACAUUCUCUUGCAAGUCCUGGUCUAAGGAUUUGAUUACACUGUCAACUUU